AUGGACGCUUUUGCACAGGAUAUGACUUCGACUCUCUAUGGCAACCCUCAUUCUGGCUCAUGGUCAUCGCAGCUUUCCACAAUACGUAUAGACGACAUUCGAUUACGAUUACUACGUUUCUUCAAUGCAGAUGCGUCCGAGUACGACUUGGUAUUUGUUCCAAAUGCCACAGCAGGUGUCAAACUCGUGGUGGAAGCCAUGAGAGCGCUCCCGGAGGGCUACUCAUACGCCUACCAUCAAGCAUGUCACACCAGCUUAGUAGGCGCCAGGGAAGACGCAAGGCGGAGCAUAUGCGUUGACGAUGUUGACAUGGCUUCAUGGCUGCGGGGCGAAGGUCCGUUUUCGUCCACCGGUCCGUCUUCAGCAACCCUCUUUGCCUUUUCUGCCCAAUCUCAUAUGGACGGGCGACGGUAUCCCAUAUCAUGGCCGAGAGAACUUAAGGAUAAUUCACAUGGCAAAUCAACCCCUUUAUUCACCCUCCUUGAUGCGGCUUCAUUUUCUGCCACAUCUCAACUAGACCUCAGCUCACCUGAUUUCGCUGCAGACUUUGUAGUUCUUAGCCUGUACAAAAUAUUCGGAUUUCCCGAUUUGGGAGCAUUAAUAGUUCGACGUUCUGCGGAAUGUAUUUUUGACUGGCGGCGAUAUUUCGGCGGCGGUACAGUUGAUGUGGUCACUUGCAAAAAGGAGGAGUGGCAUGCGAGGAAAACCCAGUUUCUCCACGAACGUCUGGAAGACGGCACACUACCAUUCCACAAUAUCAUAGCCCUGGACUCAGCAAUGACGAUGCACACGAAGUUAUUCGGCUCCAUGGAUCAAGUCAGCGCACACACUUGUUCCCUGGCUCUGCAAUUGUUCGAUAGGCUGGAAAGCUUGCGACAUGGCAAUGCUGUACCGGUGUGCGUCAUGUAUACCCAGCGUCCAGAUCCUGCCGACUUACUAGGAACGGGCCCAGUAGUCUCGUUCAACCUAAAGAACAGCGCAGGCGGUUGGGUCAGCUUGGGAGAAGUCGAAAAAUUGGCCAUCCUUCACAAGAUUCAUAUUCGAACGGGCGGUCUAUGCAGCCCGGGAAACAUAGCAGCUGCUUUGGGUCUGGAACCUUGGGAGAUGAAGCGAAAUCUAUCUGCCGGAAUCCGAUGCGGUGCUGAUAGCGAGCUUAUGAGCGGCAAGCCAACUGGUGUUAUUCGAGCAAGUGUGGGCGCCAUGAGCACCAACUCUGACAUUGAACGAUUCCUCGAAUUUUUAAAGGAGUUCUUUGUUGAAGCGCAUCCUACGCUCGUAUCACUCGGUGAGAAGACCAAGAAAAAUCUCCAAGGGCCACCCAACAUCCGUGUUAAAUCAAUCACCGUCUUCCCAAUCAAAAGCUGCGGUGGCUAUGUCGUACCGCCAGGUGUGCAAUGGGAUGUGAAACCCGAAGGACUAGCAUGGGAUCGUGAAUGGUGUCUGGUUCACCCAGGCUCAGGUCAAGCACUCAGUCAGAAACGCUAUCCUAGGAUGACACUCUUUCGACCAACACUAGAUUUCGAAAAGGGUUUCUUGCGGGUGACAUAUCACGGAGUCAGCAGCAAUUUGGGCCUACCAGAGGUUCAGGUCCCAUUAUCCGCGAACCCAUCCUUGUUUGGAGAGGAAUCUAAACGAAUGUCUUCCCAAGUCUGUGGAGAGGAAAUUUCCGCCCAAGCAUAUAUUUCGCCCGAAAUCAACGACUUCUUCUCCCAAUGUCUAGGCGUUCCGUGCGUGCUAGCAAGGUUCCCUGCCGGCGGUCGUGGCCUCAUGAGCCGCACCGUCAAGGCACGCAUCCAGAAACAUCAACACACUAAACUGCUGUGCACGCUACCUGGCUCGUUUCCUGAUAUUCCGUCACCCCCAGACUCUGACACGGAGCAGCCUACCGAAGGCAAAAUACUACUAGCCAAUGAAAGUCCGAUUCUGCUAGUAAACAGCAGUAGCGUGGAUGCUCUGAACGGCAAUAUUGUUAAGAGAGGUGGCACAGGAGUCCCAGAUGAUUCCUUCAGAGCAAACAUUGUCAUUGAAGCGGACCAAAAGAGCAAGCACACUGCCUAUUCGGAGGAUACCUGGAGCAAGAUCCGCAUCGGGAACCAAGAAUUCAAGCUGCUCGGCGCCUGUCGACGAUGUCAAAUGGUCUGUGUUGACCAAACAUCCGGCGUCAGAAGGCAGGAACCAUUUUCAACACUGGCAAAGACCAGGAGGAUUGAUGGGAAGGUGUAUUUCGGCGUGCACAUGAAACAUGAGCCUAUACCCAGGGAUGUGAGCUUGGUGAACCAAGCACCCACAAUUCAGGUUGGAGAGGCUGUUACUGUUGACAGAUGGAUACCAUGA